AUCCAGAGAAGGGAAUAUUCUUUGCGCGUCGUCAACGUUUGGCUCGGGGCGCACAAGUCUUCGCAUGGCAGUCAUUUUAUUUAGCCAGAUGAUAACUUUUCACGUGUAGCAGAGAUUUACAAGGAAACAAACACAGACGUAACUUUAGGUUUUGAAAUAUAACAGUUUUUUCGGGUGGGACAGUCUUGAAGAACACAAGGGAAUACGUAGACCUUGAGACGGAGAUGGAGAUGGACAAAGAGAACCAAUUUCAACGCCUGUCAAAAUCGUUUGUUCUUCUCAGCUUAAUGACACUCACGACCUGUGCUAUUGAGACGGUGAAUGUAGUGGACUUCUGUGGACAGAUCAUCCGGGGAGAUGGUAUGAUUGUGAACUCACACCUGGAGUCCAAGAAGUACUACUUUGUCACCAUGGGCACAGACUGCCAUCUAACGAUGCAAGCAGCGUCUCCCAAGGACAAGGUCCAGUUCCAUUUCCGUUUCUUCCUGGUUUACAGUCUGCUGCGUGUUGCACCCCUCAGUCCAGCCCCACUCUUUCCAGAGUCCCCUCGAGGCUCCUCCCCACUCGCUCCACGUUUGGAGCCCACACCAGGGGAGGGUCCAGGCGACCCAUGCCACGCAGGAUCCUACAUCCAGUUCCAUGACGGGCAGGAUAAGAGCUCGCCUACCAUUGGGCCACCAUUAUGUGGGAAGAGUCCACCGAGACCCGUGCUAUCCACGGGCAACUAUCUGACCCUGCGCCUGGUGACCCGGGGUACGCAGCCCAGAGUGGACUUUGUGGGAGACUUCACUUCCUUUAGACUGGGUUUCAACCAAUCAGAGUGCAGUGGGGAGCCUUACUUCUCAUGCCGGAAUGGGAAGUGUAUUCCCAUGAGUCUGGUCUGUGAUGACAAGGGAAUUGACAACUGUGGGGAUGGAAGUGACUUGGAAGACCACCUGCCCACAGGAUGCAAUUCAGCAGGCCAGUUGUCUCCAGUGCAACCCCCAUCCCCAGUUGUAACUGUUCCGCCACAACCUAUCUUCAACCCGCCCACUGUGACAGAAUCUACUCAUAGGAACUGUGGUACACCAGACAGCAUACCCAAUCAUGACUCUGUGACAGACUCCCCUUCCCAUGUGUCUCUACUGGCCCUCUACAUCGUCCUGGGUGUGAUAGCUGGUGGGUUGCUCCUGUGUUGCUGUGCCCACAAAAAGGAUCACCGCCCGGCUAAAGUUACCCCACAAGAACCAAUCAACAGCACUGCCAUGGGAGUGCUCACCUCAACCAUGGCUAACGCUAAUGCUAACACUGUGGCAGUGUAG